AUAUACCCAAUACUGCAAAUAGUACCCAAUAGUAGUUCAAAACCACUCAAAUAACUAAGCGACUAAGGUUAUUUGCAUUAGUUUUCUAUGUGCUAACUGUGGAGUAUAGUCAGUGAAAAUGUUGACAACAGGAAUGACUUGAUGAUUUUGUUGAGCUAUAGAUAAGUGGCAUGAUAUAACCCACUUGACAGAGUUACAUAUGAAGUGCUAUUAAUGUAGUUCCUGUGUGGCCGUCUAGUUUGGAUAUUUUACUGUAGAUCUACCAUGAACAUCGUGUUAUUGCUGCUCCUGAUGUCUUACGGAGGUCCUGCCAUGUCAGCCAGGAUCCUUGCUGUCUUGCCAAUCCCUGCCAAGAGUCAUCACAUUCUGUUUAACUCCGUGCUGAGGACACUGGCACAGGCAGGACAUCAGGUCGUCUGCUACAGCGGUCUACCAGCCGACCAGGAGGUGGCAAACCUAACUGUCAUUCACAUGGACAAUAUCCAACCAGUUGAUAAAUCAAUGACCAAAGAAAUGCUGGAGAUGAUGUUAAACUUGAGUCCAGUGGGAUCUACCUCACUUUUGUGGAUGAAAUCUCGCUCAUUUAUCGAAAAUAUGAAAAAUAAAAAUCAUUUUCAACAGCUUCUUAAAUCCAAUGAAAAGUUUGAUUUGAUAAUUUUGGAGGCGUUUUUUUCUCAAGAAUCACUUUUUGCCCUCGGUCACAAGUUCAAAGCUCCCAUAAUUAAUCUUCAACCAUUCGGAGCUUUCAGUCUUGUAAACAGAGCUAGUGGGAAUUCUCUCAACCUUGCUUACAUUCCUGAUUUCGCUUUUCCAUCCUCAAAUCACAUGUCCUUCUACGAGAGAACACUUAAUGCUUACUCAAUUUUGAGUACGCUGUUCAAAUACUACUUCUAUUUUAUUCCCUCGCAAGAUCAGUAUAUGAGGGAGUUGUUUAACGACUAUUCGCUACCUCCCUUGUCAGAAUUGAUGCAGAACUGGUUGGCCUUGACUUUUUCAAAUGCACAUCCUUAUGUUCACUAUGUGCAGCCUUACACCCCCAACAUCAUUCCGAUCGGUGGAAUACAUCUGGCCAAGGAGCAGAACCCACUUCCUGAGGAAAUGAAAAGGUUCCUGGAUAAGGCAUCUGAAGGAGUUGUAUACUUCAGCGUUGGGUCAAUAGUCCCGGACCACCUGCUUGAUGAAGAAUACUUCAACAACUUUCUUGCAGCUUUCAGUCGUCUGCCACAAAAAGUGUUGUGGAAAACCAAACGCAACCUUAAAAAUCUGCCAAAAAAUAUAAUGACAUCGGAGUGGGUGCCCCAACAAGAUGUUCUGGCUCAUCCUAACGUGAAAGUGUUCAUGACUCACGGAGGGAUGUUUAGUCAACAUGAGGUGAUCAGAGCUGGAGUCCCAGUAAUCUGCACUCCUUACUUCGGCGAUCAACCCAUGAAUGCCAAGUUCUACGAGGAGAAAGGAAUUGGAGUCGUUCUGCCUUUCAAAUCCUUAUCAGAAGAAACAAUCUUGUCAGCACUAAAAAAAGUUCUUGAUGAUCCCAAGUACAAGGACAACAUGUUGAAGAUGUCUAUGAUCUACCAGGACCGCCCUCUCAGUCCCAAAGACACACUCCUGUACUGGGUAGACUAUGUCAUGCGCCAUGCUGGGGCUAAGCAUCUUACACCAGCUGCAGCUGCAAUGCCCUUCUAUCAAGUUUAUCUACUGGAUGUAAUUGGACUUGUUUCUAUAGUACUUGUCACAACCUUAACAUGCAUUUAUGUUAUCAUCAAACGGAUUUUAGGAGUGUUUACCAAUAAUGGACAGUUGAGUAGUCAAAGCAGAUUGAAAGGUGAAAGAAGUAAGAAACUGAACUAAGUUACACUUUUACAGUCCAAGUAGACCGUUGCCUUUUGGUCUUCAGAAGAUGAUUGUGUUGUUGAAUUGGAGAUGAGUUGCAUCAAAUCCAUUAUACAGGUCAAGCUACAUUGCAACAUCAGUUUGGUUGAAUUCAGUUGAAUACAACUUAGUUGAACAGUAGAUUGUCUUAAAAAUGGAUUGCUGCAGCUUAUUCAAAUGUCAGCCAGUAUUACUGCCAGUUCAACAUAAUUUUCUUUUCCCAAAUUCAACCAAAUUUGCAUUACAUUUUUGUAAUGAGGACUAGAUAAAAAUGUGUAUAUUAAAAAGUUAGCAAUACAAGAGUCCACAAAGUGGACUCUAUUUGCUUGCAUUUGCAGUUGUUUUCAAUUUUUUAAGUCCCCCGGGGACGAAAUAUAGUGUGUUUAUUGCCUCUUCUAUAUUUUCUAUGGCAUACCUGUACUUCGUUGAGGUACCGUAAGCUAGCUGAUAUCCUACUUAUUCUACAAUUAAAAAUCCUGGCCUAGAGCCCUUCCUUAACAAAACUGACCAAUAGUUCAUGGUAGGUACCCUAGAAAAUGUUUCAAAGUUUAGACUUUACCAAAAACAGGCUCAAAACUAAAUUUAGACUAUUUAAAGGGCUGCUGGAGUCCAUUCACCCCAAAUAGAUAAAUUAUUUUCCUAUUAUACUUCUGGAAUGUUCAGUUGUGUUUGUAAAAAGACCAAUGUCUCUUAUUAGUUUUAAGUCUUAUAUUUAACCAUUACCAUUACCAUUAGGUGAACAAUGUAUCCUAUCAUUUAUAUGAUGUGCUGUGCUGACAUGUAAUUCAAUAAAUAAACAUCAUCAUGAGAAAGUUACAUAUUGUAAUCUUUAGGGAUUGUAGAGUUUUAAAAUGGAGAUAGUUAAGACUGUUAAUGUUACGAUAACAUCAACAAAUAAAGACUUGUUUAUUUAA